CAGCCUCCCCUCCAGGCUCCGCACAGCGCACAGGCACGCCCCGCCCCGGCCGGGUCGGCAGUGUGCUCGCUCUACAAAAAGCGGACACCCACCACCGGCACCCAGGCCAGGUCACCUUGAGGCUGGACUCUGCGCACCCUUCUGCCGGCGCAUUCUGGGGACCCCUCGCCUUGCGGGCCGCUGGAACCUGGACACCAUGGACCCUACUUGUACCCUCGGGCUGUUGCUUCUGCCGUUGCUCAUAACGGGGACCGCGCUGGGCAAUGCUGUUCAGGAUUUGCCAGGCAACAACGCGGAGAGCUGCCUCCUGCCCCCAGAUGUAGGGCCCUGCCGGGCCCGGAUCCCCAGUUUUUACUACGACAGGUACACGCAGAGCUGCCGCCAGUUCAUGUACGGGGGCUGCGAGGGCAACGCCAACAACUUCGAAACUCUGGCGGCCUGUGAGGAAGCUUGCUGGAGGAUAGAGAAAGUUCCCAAAAUUUGCCGGUUGGAAGUCAGUGAGGGGCAGUGUGGUGAGCCCAGAGAAGAGUAUUUCUUCAAUUUAAGUACCAUGACAUGUGAAAAAUUUAUGUCUGGUGGGUGUCACCACGGUGGGAACCAGUUCCCGGAUGAAGCCACUUGCAUGGGCUUCUGUACACCAAAGAAAGGUCCAUCAUACUGCUACAGUCCAAAAGAUGAGGGACUAUGUUCUGCUAAUGUGACUCGCUAUCAUUUUAAUCCGAGACAUAAAACCUGUGAGGCCUUCACCUAUACUGGCUGUGGGGGAAAUGACAAUAACUUUGUUAGCAUGAAGGAUUGCAAACGCGUUUGCAUAAAAGCCUUGAAGAAGAAACAGAAUAAGAAGAUGCCAAAGAUUCUCUUUGUCAAGAGAAACCUAAAAAUGCAGAAGAAGCUAUUUUAACUUUUUUUUUUGGUAUGUCACUUUGUGAAGGCUAUUGUUUUUCCGGUUAUAGCUGAAGAAUGAUAUGGUAACAUGAGUAAAUGAAUCACUAGUGACUUAUUCUUAUUCACCAGUUUUUACUGAUCCAUGUUACUUUUUACAUACAUAAUUAGCUGCUACUCAAAUGUGAAUUUAUUAUUUGAAUUUACUAUUCAACUAAUUUUUAUGAGUUGACUUUUUGCUGUGCCUAAGAUAAAAAAGCAAAUAUGACUCACCCAGUUCUUGGGGUUGCUCUUCUGAUUUUAGACGAUGAUAGUAACUGAAAAACCUAAGACAAUAUAAUCAUGUUCCUUUAAUACAUAUGAUCAUAAAAAGGACCCGCUAAUACAUUUCAUUUUGCAUUUAAAAGUUGGAUUAUAUUUUAGGACCAAAGUGACAAACUUGCAGAUUUACCAACAGUUUAAAAAAUUUUACAAGUGCUAUUGUAUAGACUCUGCUAACUUACUUCCAUUUCUGUUGUGUCAUUUAAAAGAUAAAAUAAAUUUUUGACUGAAUGAAAAAACUCGUAAAUUUAUUAAAAUUAGAAAUAUU